AUGCAGAGCUGGACGGUGAUCUAUGGGGCUCUUCUGGUCCUGGUUGGUGCUGAUGAGUGUCCGGAUGCAGGACGAUGUAAGGAGGGACAAACCUGCUGCAGCAGCCCAACUAACGGCUACGAGUGCUGUCCGUUUGACCAGGCUGAAUGCUGUGAGGACCAUGUCCACUGCUGUCCAGCAUGGACACUCUGCGAUGCAGCUGCGUCCAGCUGCGUGAACGCCACCGUGUCCAUCCCGUGGGGGGACAGGACCUCUGCUGAUCAGCUUCCAGUCUCUAAAUCCUUCAGAAUGAUCAAGUCCUACGUGGGCGAGGACGACGAUAACGUCUGUCCUGAUCAGUCCCAGUGCCCCGCUGAGUUUUCCUGCCUGAAGGCUUUGACGAGGUUUGGCUGCUGUCCCUUAGCAAAGGGAGUCUCCUGCUCUGAUGGCAAACACUGCUGCCCUGAGGGACACCAGUGCAGCAUUGACAGCCGCUCCUGCAUCAUAAAAGAACACGUGACUACAGUUUUGUGUAAUGACGGCGUGUCGGAGUGUCCAAACGGUGCAACCUGCUGUGAAACUGCAGAAGGCCGGUGGGGAUGCUGUCCCAUCCCAAAGGCCGUCUGCUGCCAUGAUAAGUUCCACUGCUGCUCUGAGGGGACAACGUGUGACGUCCAAAACAUGAAGUGUCUUUCUGCAUUUGGAGGAGAGUCCCCCAUGUGGGACAAAUUCCCUGCCAGGCUGAGAGCAGACUGGGAGAUCCAGAAAGAAGGUGAAAAUGUUAUUUCUAAAGAAGCUGAUGAUGCUCAAAUAAGAACAUCCACUGAAGUCACCACGGCUGUUUUAGUUACUGCUUUUGAGGAGGAAGUGUCUCCUAAAGCAGCUACAGCCCAGUAUGUGAAUGUUUCAGACUCAUCCUCCAUGACCCAGAACAUCCCUGCAUUUACCACUGCAACACCCCCCACAGAGGAAACUACGACCCAAAUCCAGGUGACGGUGUCAGUGGAGACGUCUGAGGAAGAGGUUUCAACACAACAGGAAGCUGAAGAGGACGAAGUGGAGGACAGGCUUCAGUGUGACGAUCACACCAGCUGCCCUCGGGACACAACCUGCUGCUUCAUAGCUUCUUGUAAAAAAUGGGGCUGUUGUCCGCUGCCGCAGGCGGUGUGCUGUGCUGAUGAGUUCCACUGCUGCCCUGUCAGCUACAGGUGUGAUGAGAGCAGGACCUCGUGUGUUAAAGAGGACGUGGUGAUCCCGUGGUACACUAAGAUCCCAGCCACCACCAGCGUUCCAGCUGAUCCCAGCUCAGUGCAGUGUGACGCUCUGAAUAAGUGUCCUGAACACACUUCAUGCUGCAAACUGUUCACGGGCGAGUGGGGCUGCUGCCCGCUGCCAAAUGCUGUGUGCUGUGCAGAUAUGGAGCACUGCUGCCCUCAGGGUUACACCUGCGACCUCGUGUCCAAGUCCUGUCAGAAGGUCAUCAUGCUGCAGCUGGAGACCAUCCCCCUGACUCCGAUCUACUUGCCCGAAUACCACCUCCAGCUCGCUCCGUUAAAGCACAGAGUCAUCCAGUGUGACGAGCAGUACAACUGCAAAGACAAGGAGACCUGCUGCAGGACGUCCGCCACUUCCUGGGGCUGCUGUCCGUCUCCUAAUGCGGUUUGCUGCAGCGACAUGAAGCACUGCUGUCCCUCCGAGUACAGGUGCACCGAUGAAGGCACCUGCGUCCAGAACACUGGGCCCAGUUGGCACAACUGGAGCUUCUUCCUCAACAACAAGAAGAAGAGAGCUCUAAAUCUGUGA